ACUGCUUACUCAUUAUGUAAACAGUAGUGCAUCUGUCAAUUAUUCUGUUUCUUGUGGUGCAUAACUUUUAUUGGCAUUGUACAGAGAGAAGUCCUCUAGAUCUAAUUUAGAUAUUUCUUUAUUGUGUUUCAAUGUUCUGUAGCCAUUUUUGGUAAACAAUGAAGGUUCUGUUACUGAAGGACCCCAAAGACAGAGGCUCAGGACCAGAUCCAUAUAUUCAAGAAUUAGGAUUAUAUGGAUUUGAAGCAGCUUUGAUUCCUGUUUUGUCAUUUGAAUUUGUGUCUCUUCAAACUUUCUUUGAAAAGCUCUCUCAUCCAGAUCAUUAUGAGGGUUUAAUUUUUACUAGUCCAAGAGCAGUAGAAGCUGCCAAGUUGUGUUUGGGAGAGAAUAGUAAAAAUGAAGCCUGGAGAAAUUCUCUUAAAGAAAAAUGGAAUACCAAAUCAGCAUAUGUCGUAGGAAAAGCUACAGCUUCUCUCGUGGAGGAAAUUGGUCUUGCUCCACAAGGAGAAAAGUGUGGAAAUGCUGAAAAACUAGCUGGAUACAUUUGUGCAAUGCAGACACCAUAGCACUGGGAACAUGGAGCCCGCUCAGAUCACCACGGCAAUUAUGAGCACUGUAAACAACAUGCGCAUUAUCCUGCAGUAUAUGCAGAACCAGAACCUGCAAAAGCGAAACCAGGCGAGGAGGCAAUGGCAACGCGUUGACGAGAGUGAUGAGGACAUAGACAUGGACAUAGACUUCUCACAAAAUAUGGGCCCCAGCAAUGUGCACAUCAUGGUGUUAAUGGGGCAGGUUCAUGCUGUGGAACACGGAUUCUGGGCCUGGGAAACAAGCACAGACUGGUGGGACCGCAUAGUAUUGCAGGUCUGGGAUGAUUCCCAGUGGCUGCGAAACUUUAGCAUGCGUAAGGGCAUUUUCAUGGAACUUUGUGACUUGCUUUCGCCUGCCCUGAAGCACCAGAAUACCAGGAUGAGAGCAGCCCUCACAGUUGAGAAGCGAGUGGCAAUAGCCCGUGGAAGCUUGCAAUGCCAGACAGCUGCCGGUCAGUCGGGAAUCAGUUUGGAGUGGGCAAAGCUACUGUGGGGGUUGCUGUGAUCCAAGUAGCCAACGCAAUCAAAGAACUACUGAUAACAAGGGUAGUGACUCUGGGAAAUGUGCAGGCUAUAGUGGACGGCUUUGCUGCAAUGGGGUUCCCUAACUGUGGGAGGGCAAUAGAUGGAACACAUAUCCCUAUCUUGGGACAGGAGCACCAAGCCAGAGAGUACAUAAACUGAAAGGGGUACUUUUCAAUGGUGCUGCAAGCACUGGUGGAUCACAAGGGACAUUUCACCAACAUCAGUGUGGGAUGGCUGGGAAAGGUACAUGACGCUUGCAUCUUCAGGAACUCUGGUCCGUUUCAAAGCUGCAGGAUGGGACUUUCUUCCCAGACCAGAAAAUAACCGUUGGGGAUGUUGAAAUGCCUAUAGUUAUCCUUGGGGACCCAGCCUACCCUUUAAUGCCAUGGGUCAUGAAGCUGUACACAGGUAGCCUGGACAGUAGUCAGGAGCUGUUCAACUAUUGGCUGAGUAAGUGCAGAAUGGUGGUAGAAUGUGCAUUUGGACAUUUAAAAAAGUUUACUGACUGUUAGACCUCAGCAAACCAGUAUUCCCAUUGUUAUUACUGCUUGCUGUGUGCUCCACAGUAUCUGUGAGAGUAAAGGGGAGACGUUUAUGGCAGGGUGGGAGGUUGAGGCAAAUCGCCUGUCCGCUUAUUAUGCGCAGCUAGACACCAGGGUGGUUAGAAGAGUACAGGAGGGCGCGGUGCGCAUCAGAGAAGCUUUGAAAACCAGUUUCAUGACUGACCAGGCUACGAUGUGAAAGUUCUGUUUGUUCCUCCUUGAUGAAACCCCCCCUCGGUUCACUCUACUUCCCUGUAAGCUAACCAUUAUCCCCUCCCCACUUUGAUCACAGCUUGCAGAGGCAAUAAAGUCAUUGUUGCUUCACA